UGGUCCAACUCAACUCUUAUUAUUGUUUCUUAAUAUAGCAAUCAUGGGCAAGAUGUUCCUCACACUCUUAUUGUUAUCUUCAGUUUUCUCAAUAGCCUCAUCAAGAACAGGACCUUCCUCCUGAGCCAUGCAAACACUACAUUAGUCACCAUUCCAAAAUCAAACACAAAACUGAAUUCCGGGGAAUGCUUAUUCAAUUGGCCUUAAAACAAGCACUUUUGCUGCAAAGAGAUCAUGCACAUGAUUCUCAACAAAACUUUGUGACAGAGAAAUACAGAACCGUACAUGGCGAUUGUUUGAAGCUGUACGAAAACACUGUCUUUCAUCUCAAUCGUACCCUUGAAAGCCUUGAUCUGAAAAAGGGAUUCUCAGCGGUUGAUACACAAACUUGGCUCACAACAGCUCUCACAAAUAUCAGAACAUGUAGAACCGGGGCUAUAGAACUCAAUGCUCAUGAUAUCAUGGUGCCAACAGAGAGCAGCAACAAUAUCACUGAGAUGAUGAUAAGGAACAGUUUAGCCAUCAAUGUGGAUUUCCUGAAACAAAACUCUUCUAACAAUAAUCAAACAUCAGAAACAGAAGAAGGUGCGUUUCCAAGCUGGUUUUCUUGGCAUGAGAGGAAACUGGUGCAGUCUUCUUUGGUAAAGGCAAAUUUUGUGGUAGCGAAAGAUGGUUCAGGAAACUUCAGGACAGUCCAAGAUGCUCUGAGUGCAGCGGCAAAGAGAAGAUAUAAAACGAGGUUUGUGAUACAUGUGAAGAAAGGAGUGUAUAGAGAGAAUGUUGAGGUUGCUGUGAAGAAUGAUAACAUUAUGCUGGUUGGUGAUGGGAUGAAAAACACCAUAAUCACAAGUGGCAGAAGUGUUCAUGCAGGUUUUACCACCUAUAGCUCUGCAACAGCAGGCAUAGAUGGCAUGCAUUCACUUCAUUGCACGCGAUAUUACCUUCCAAAAUACCGCAGGUCCUAACAAGGGCCAAGCCGUGGCGCUCCGAUCAGCCUCAGAUCUCUCGGUCUUCUAUCAAUGCGCCAUAUUAGGUUACCAAGACACCCUCAUAAUAGUGCUUAUAAAAAAAAAAAUACAAUCUCAUAAUAGAUGCCUUGAAAAUGGAUCACUAUUUUUAUGGUAAGUUCAUUAAAGUUUAGCCUUCAAAGAAGGUAGUUGAAACAGUUGCUGGAAAGCUAAAACUGAUAAAUCUUUAGUUAUUAAUCUUAGACAGCACAGUUAAAUAACUAAAAGAAAAGGCUAUGCCAUAACUUCUAAAUGGACCCAUAAAACUAAGUUUUUAAGCAAUGCAGAAGUUUUUAAUUCAUCAUUUUCUCCCAUGAAGAACAACCCAACCUUCCAAACUUUUAAAGCCUGUAAGGAAGUCAAUUGUUCACUUCAACUUCACUCUACAAAAGCGUUACUCAGUGCAGGUGAAUAUUUUCCAAAUCCAUCGUUUCAGGGGAGAGUGGGGUGUUCUAAUGGGCUUUUUUAAAAAGGGAAAAACUUUGGGCUUAACAGAGAAUAUAUAAGCGUGUGGUCGUUCGUUUAUGUUGAUUAUUCUGCCAUAAUUCCAUUCUUCCGAACCGCCACAACAGCCCCUGAUGGCGAUGCUUCCCGUCUCCGAUUCCAGUCCCCUCGCGCUCCGCAAAGACCACGAUUCAGGUACAAACCAUCGUAAACCAGUGCACGAUACGCAGCACAACCUCUAAUUUUUUACAAAAUUAAUUAAUUAUUGCAAUGUUUGUUUUCUUUUGAUUAGUUGAGAAUAAGAAGGAUUUUGCAAAAUUGAAAGUUGACAAGGAUUUAGUAGGAGAAGAAGAACACAACACUGAUUCCGGUACAAAUGUCCCUAAAUCAUACUCCCUCCGUUCCUAUAUAUAAGUCACAAAUGACUAAUUCUCUUAGAUUAAGAAAAGUAGUUACUAGUAAUAAAUUUGUAAAAAAAAUGAUUUACUUUCUUAGAUUACCCAUAUUUACU